AUUCAUGCCCGCUUCAUCACAUCGCGUCGCGCCUCACCCCUACCAGCGGCUCACCUUCAGAGCAGCGCGAUCCCAGAGGAACCAAACUACACCUGGAUGUUUAGGAGCUGAACUUGGUUUGUUUGAAUUAGAGGAUGGCAGAAACGCGCUGGAGGGAUUCACUUUGACGGCAGGAUGGCUCCAGACAACUACUUAAAGAUCCAUUUUUAAGCUUCUGCUGAAAUUGCAGGAACAGUUUUUCAUUAAAGGAAAGAAGAAAGGCUUCUGCCAUGUCAGAAAACAAAUAUACCAUAUGCCACUCCGAAGACGAUAUAAAGCAUAAUGAAUCCCCAAAGAUCAGCGCCAUCAUGUUUGGCUUAGGAGUCUUUGGGAACGUUGCUGCCUUGGUGAUCCUGGAAAUCCGUCGGCGAAGGGACUCGAGAGCUAAUGACAGGCGGCACAGAGGAUUGUUCCACAUCUUCAUCAAUUUUCUGGUGUUCACAGACCUGGCUGGAACCUGCCUGACCAGCCCCGUAGUUCAGAUUGCCUAUGCAUGGAACAAGACCUUGGUUGGGAUGGCUCCUAUGUGUAGCAAUACUAGCAGUGCUGUUGACAGCUGCACUAUCGGUUCUAGUAGCAGCUGCACUAGCAGUGUGUGUAAGUACUUUGGCAGCAGCAUGACCUUCUUCAGCCUGGCCACCAUAUCGCUCCUCUUCAUUACAGCACUGGACAAAUGCUUUGCAAUAGGACACCCCUACCUGUACAACCGGGUUGUCACCAAGAAAUGGGCUUACAUCACAAUCUCUGUUAUGUUUCUUGUAUGUUUCCUAUUCUGUUUGCUUCCCUUCGUGGAAUUUGGUACAUAUGUGCAAUACUGCCCUGGCACAUGGUGCUUCAUUGACAUGAACCCCUGUGACAUUAAGCACCGGGUCUAUGCUAACUUAUAUGCCACAAUUAUGCUGGUGUUGGUGCUGUCGAUUGUGGCCUGCAACGGUUUCGUGGGGUACCAGCUGUUCCGGAUGUACCGCCGUCGCAACAGGCAAGGCUCAAUGAUGAAGAGCAUGAGAUCCAACAGCGAGCGCAAGGUGUUUGUGGCUCAUGAGGUGGAGCACCUUAUCCCACUGGUCUUCAUGACUAUCAUCUUCAUCAUCUGCACAUUGCCCAUGGUGGUAAGAUGACACAUCUUGAUGUUAUCACUUAAAACAUCAAUCCUAGCAGUAAAUGUCGAUGUGUAGUUUUCUCAAGGUAUUAUAGAAAUGCUUAGUUUUGGGCUCAGAAGAUAAUUGUGGUGCCAAGAUAGGUGAUUUGUGUCUUCCACCCAAUGAUAAUCAUUAAGCAUCACUAUGCAAUAAACUAUGCAAUACUAUGAUUUACUAAUCAUAGUACUUCAACAAAGCUUCUGGCAGCUAUGAUUAGAAAUGUACCAAUCAGAAAUUGACGGAGU